CGUGGCACGCUAGUCGCCAGCCGACAGCCCGGUGCUGAUGCAAACGGCGGCAGCGACAUCAACCACCAGUACAACCCCCCCCCUCUACCACCGCCACCAGCACCCGGCGGGCGCGCUGUAGCGAGACCCCGCGCGCCACGACGCCUUCCAGCAGCAGAUCCUGCAGCUGGGCGCCCGGCGCCGCGCCUGCUUCCGCCUCGCGAGCGCGAAGGCCCGAUCUUUGCCCGGCCUACUAAUCUUGAGAGUGUGAAAACUAAAAACAGUGUGCUGUUUGCUCGUAAUUUGUUGCAGAUACAUAAUCAGCAUAAGAAUCCUUUUACUUUAGUAAAACAGUUUAAGUGUUCCAGCAGUUCUGAUCGUAAUGACGAAAGUGAUAGUGACGUGGAAUAUGUUAAAGAUCUUGAUAUUGAUUCUAUAAGUGAAUCUGACUCUGAAAAUAGGAAAUUCCUGUACCCAGACACCCAAGAUCCGAUCAUUCUCAAGCUUUGUGAAUGUGCUUCAGUUCAAGCUGUUUUUGAUGUUGUCUCAGAACAUGAAAAUGAAUUCAAUGGUCACCAUGCCUGUCAAGCAUUAUUAGUGUUGUGGGAUCUUUACAAAAUAUAUUACAGAAUUAAUAAAGAAACACAAUUUGAGCCAGAUUCUAUAAAAGUCUCUAGCGAAGAACUUAUAAACAAAUUUGCUGAAAAUGUUGUAUUACAUCCAAAUUUUGGAAAAAUAGUUUGUUGUUUAGAUGUUUCAAUGAAAGAGCUUUCACCAACUGCACUUUCUUGUAGUUUUUUAUACUUAAAAAGAUUAGGAAUACCGUGUCAUAGCUCAGUAAUGCAAAAAUUAUUGGUGCGUAUUGAAGAACUAUUGGAGAUUAUGGGAAGUGACUUCUCGUUAGUUGCUUUAUCUAGGUUUACUGUUGCAAUAAAGGCACCUAAUAAAUUAAAUUUUUUAUCUUCUGCACAAAAAGUGUUACCACUCAUCCAUGCAAAGAUUGAUAGUUGUGAGAGUGAAAUGGAUAUUGACUUACUUUCUUCAAGUUUACUAAAUAUCAGAUGGUUUGUUAGUUCCACAAUUUACAAUGCAUACAAACAUCAGGUUGCGAAAUUGAUUGAAAGUGGCAUGUUUUCUUCCUACCAACCUACUGUUAUUGUUAAGACUGCAGUUCUUUUGAGUUGCUCACUGUGGGGAAAUGAAGCUAGUGAUGUGAGCAAAAAAUUAUUAACAUUGUUGAAAGGAAGAAUUUCACAACUUGAAGUACCUGAUGUAACACGAGUUCAUAAGAUUAUUGAAUCUCUCCGUGAACCUGCAGAUUUGCAUGCUGAACUUUCUGAGUAUGCUUCUCGUCUCCUUUCAGAAGAUGGAUUUACGACUAUUGAUUCUGAAUCAGCUGAAUAUAUGUACUUCAAUAACAAUUUAGGUGGCACAUAUCGUCAUUAUGAAUUUGAGAAUAAGUUGACUGAAUGGUACCUCAAUCUUUACGAGAAAAGUAUAAUUGGCUUCAUCCCUUCGAAAUUUGCUGUAAUGAUUGCAUUUCUAGUAGCUUAUGGUGAUAAACAACAGAAGGAUUUCCUUGAAAAACUUCACGAUAUGAUUACAAGACUUGGUGAAAUGUCAUCACAGUUAUGGGAACUUGACUGUGUAAACAUAUCUCGAGGAAUUCAGAUAGCUUCCCAAUUGAACACAAGGAGCAAUGAAAAGCCACAAAUGUAUGAUAUGUAUGUGAAGUUGAAUUCAAUUCUCAAUGAAUGCAUCAGAAGGCACAUUGACAAAAAUGACAAGAGUGUAUCAACCACAAACACAUUGAUGCGUUCAUAUGUUAUGAGAAAAGCUCCACAAACAACUGACAUUUCACAAUGCCUUGUAAAUAGGUAUGAAAAUAUUAAUGAACCCAUUAACUCAAGAAUGUUACAGGACAUAGCACGGAAUUUGUUGGUUUCAAAAUGUUUAAUACCUACUACAAUCAAUUAUUUAACUGAAUAUGUUGUACAAAAUAAAGCAAAUUUAUUUGGUGAAACUGUAGAAUUAAUUCUGUUCUUAUGUUAUGAACUUGGGUAUACUCCUGCAAAUCUAGACUCAUUUUUGACAACCUCUUCUGAAAUAAUUUUUAGAGAAAGCAAUCGUAUGUCAGGACUUGCUAUAUUACAAGCGAGCUUGACACUGUGUUUCUUUCGUUUCCUCCCUGAAGAAUUUGUUCAUCUUAUAUUUACUUUUACGUUUCUGGAGAGAUUGGAUGCGGAAAUUGCAGACUGUUAUGCUAAGGCCAUCUACCCCAGUCGUGUUCGCAACUAUUUAAUGCAAGUGAACCGAGCUGUGUGUUUAGAUUACCCUGAAUUUGAUGUGCCAUGGUUCCACAAAAAAUAUUGUGAAGAGGUAGCAGCUACAGAAGAGGAUGCUCCAGCCUCUUUGUUUCACAAUGAAGUUCGAGAAGUACUUGUGAAAGUUCUGGGAGACAACAAAUUUAUAACACAACAAAGUUAUAGUCCUUAUGGCUACAGACUUGAUUUUGAAAUUUUCUUCAAUAAAAGCCAUAUUCCUGUCACAUGGAAACAACGAUAUGAUAAAAAUAUUUUCAGGAAGGCAGUCCUACUUCAUGCUGAUGAAGCAUUUUCACAUAAUGUGUGCUCGUUAAAUGGAUAUGCACAAAUGAAGAAACGUCAUUUAGAAAUGUUAGGGUAUGAAGUUAUAGAGAUUGUGCAGUCAGUAUGGAAUUCCAUGUAUAUGUCAGAACCAGGAAUGAAAUAUAAUUUUAUUAAUGAAAAAGUUUUCAAGAGUGAUAAGGAAGCUGUACUUAGACUUAAUUAAACUUGAGUGACUGAAAACUAGUCUUUGAAGAAUGCCUUGUAUUUUGUAGUGUAUAGGUUAUGUUAGAGAAAUAUAAUUAAGUUGAUUUUUGAAAGAAAUUGAAAAUAAAAGAUGUAAACAAG